AUGAAAUCGAUAUUGAAAGAAGAGUCGAUGAUAAAUAUAACAUUAAAACCAUUGGAGCAGGAGGUUUUCUUGGCUGAGGAUCCAUAAACAGCAUUGCUCAAAUUGAAAUGUUUCUAGGAACUAAUCAACAAAGAGCGAUUAGCGUAUGCAGAGCACUUGGCUGAAGUAUUUGAAUUGAUUGGAGAUGAUGCUUAUAGAAAUCUAGGAUUUAUUUUAAAGCAAUUCGUUCAUGAUUCCUAUUCAAUCUAACUAUCUAUUAUUAGGUAGUUGCCAAUUCUAGUAGAACAAAUAAAGAAGCGACAAUCCGGGUAUGCGGAAUUGAAAGAUCAUGUUCUGCCAUUUAUGAAUAUAUUUCUCGAGCAUCAGGACUAGGAUAUCAAAAAGGAAGUCUUAACUCAAUUGCUUAAAAUAGCACCCUUUUUGAUUGAAUCAGACAAAGUGGAUAUAAUUUUAGCACAUCUGAUCGAAAUGGCUCACGAUGAGAAAAGUAACCAAAAUCGUAUGUUGGCAGCUGAGACAUUUGGUAAGUGUGCCUCUCUCUUCUCUAUGAAAUAUUGUGAGUCUUAUAUAUGCGGAGAACUCUUAUCUCUUGGUAUAGAUUUAAAUGAAUUCGUAAGAGAAAAGGCUAUAGAACAAUUACCAAAUUUAUCAGUUAGUCUCUCUCAAAAAUUAAUAUCAUAUCUCUAAAUAUUCCUUAGAUCUUGCGAAGACAGACUUUUGCAGAUUAAAAAUGCUUGCAUCAGGUCCAUCUCAGGUAUCUGCAAAUAUGCUAGACAUGAUUUAAAGACCUCCAAAUUAAUACCAAAAUAUUUGGAAUUUUUUUGCGAUCAAAAUAAAGAUGUCAGAAAAACUGCAUAUGAAUAUUUAGGUGAGUUCAUCAGUACAAUCAAAUUCACUGAAAAGGAUUAGCAAUAACUCGAAACCCUAUUGGCCUACUACUAGAAUUAAUUGGAUAAAAAUAUCAAUAUGAUGGGUGUUGAUCUCGUUUAUAAAUGUGCCUUCUAUUUUCCAGGAGUUCUACAAGCAAUUGGUCGAAAUCGUUGGCUUAUGAUUCAGCCUCUAUAUGGAUUCCUUCUAAAAUAUCCCUCAGAUUCUAGAAAGUCAAAAUUUCCCUAGCUCAUAGUUUUCAUGAAGUGGCUAAAUUGUUGGGUCCCCGAUUUAUCCAAAGAACAUUUGAUCACUGUACUAGAAACAUUAGCAUAAGAUAAAUUGCAAGAAGUCAGAAAUGGCAUUGUAUUAAAUCUGUCAAAGUUUAUAUCUAUCUUCCCUAUUGAAGAAAGAGAUUAUGUCAUUGAUCUCUUACUAAAUUUUUAGAAAGACUAACAUAAAUGGCGAACUCGUCAGAUUAUUUGUACUUCUAUUUUCCCAAUCACAAGAUGCUUCAAUAACGAUACAAUAUUCUUUCACAUUGCUCCAAUUCUAUUCAAGUUUUGCUCAGAUACAGUUGCAAAAGUUAGAAGGAAGGCUUCUAAAAAUGUUGUACAUUUAGUUGAGACCUUUGAGGAAGAAGGAGAAUAAAGAACUGUCAUUCUUGAAUAGAUUAGGGCUUUUUCACAUUCUAAGAGAUUCAAUUAGAGACAAUCAUAUUGUUGGAUGUGUUAUAAAUUGUUUUACAGACCAGAUUUUGAGGAUCUAUUUUUUGAAAGACUCUUUGAAUUAUGUAGAGAUCCUGUUUAAUGUGUAAGGUUAUCAGCUAUUAUUAUUAUUGAUAAAUUCAUAUAAAAGGUAGGUUUCUCCAAGGAACGCAAAUAUUUGAAAUAUCUAUUGAUUCAAUUUAUUGAUGAUCAAUGCUAAGAAAUUUAGUUAAUCCUGACUAAAUAUAAUUUUGUUAUCCAAAAAACUAAGAAAAAGACUUUAUCUUGCAGAUCACGUAAUAGUGGAUCUUCAAAUGGUCAUUUGGAAGACAUUCCAGAAUUUGAUGAAAAAAUCGAACAGAUUCGUAAAUCAUCUGGUAAAGUUUGA